AUGAUUGUUUAUGCUGGCAAUUGUUUUUAUCAUCGUCUAAGUGACAUGUGUUUCGGUAUCAGUGAAUCGGAUACAACGGAAGAUCAGUGUAGUGGACAGUUUUAUUCAGACGAUGAUCUAAAAGAUUUAGAUGGUUAUGCAUUUGCCGAUAAUUGUAGAGACGUUGCAGAAAAACCAUGUGAUUUGGACUGUGGUGUUGGAAGAGAAUGUCGUACAGUUCAUAACGAGAACCGAUGUGUAUGUAAAGAGAAUUGUAGUGACCAAUCAACAGAAUCACAACCCUUAUGUGCAUCAAAUAACGUAACGUAUAAAUCAGAAUGUUCUAUGGAAGUAUGGAAAUGUGAUAAUGAUUAUUCAGCCUUGUAUAAGAAGUACGACGGAGAAUGUCAAAAAGACUGCCGGAAUGUCAGAUGUCCGUCAGAUACUAUCUGUAUGUUAGUUAAAAAUACGGGCGAACCAUUUUGUUAUCCUACUCAACAUUGCAAUUUACAUGACAAAGAGCAAAUUUGUGGUACAGAUGGUAUUACAUACAAAAAUCUGUGUGCAAUGCGUUUAUCGCCAGAUAUUUAUGGGAAGAUUCCUGCCAUAGCUCACAAGGGACAAUGUGCAUCAAAAUGUCGACCAAAUUUAUGUGAUAAACAUCAACGCUGUGUAUUAUCGUACAAGUCUCGACCCGUUUGCAUUCGUUGUAAUUUUCCAUCAAAAUUUUUAAGUAGCGGUGAAUGUAGUAUGAAAGUUCCAGCAUGUGGCGAUGAUUAUUUUCUAUACAAAAGUUAUUGUGAUGUUUUAAAAGCACAAUGCGAGAAAAAUCGGUAUAUUGAUAUUAUUGAUUACGAAAGUUGUCCAUCUAUAACACCAUCCGAUACAUUAAUGAAAUUAAAUCAACUUAGAUUACAACCAAAAUUUGACACUCUCCAGCCCAGUGCUCCCCAGGUUACAACCAAAAUGCUCAUCCUCUCAAAAAAUGAGAAACCCUACUAAAAGUCUUAUGAAUCUCUUUUUCAAGAAGAAUCUGUAAGGAUUUCUCAUUAACUUUCGAGUUUUUUUCUUGUGAAUGAUAACUAACAUAGUAGUAAUCAGCACCUACACAUACAAGUUAAUGUUAGUUAUCAUUCACAAGAAAAAAACUCGAAAGUUAAUGAGAAAUCCUUACAGAUUCUUCUUGAAAAAGAGAUUCACAGAAACUUUUAGUACGAUUUCUCAUUUUUUGAGAGGAUGAGCAUUUUUGUAACCUUAGUUGAUCUAUAAGACUCCGUUUAGGAAACUUAAUUUGAUCAUUGAGAAAACGUUUGUAUUGUGCAACCAAUGAGCCAU